AUGUGCCCCCGAUCUCGGCGCGUUGUGUUUCUAUCGCCAGUAGUGUUGGUUCGGCUUUUUGACAAGGCUAAUGGGAAGUGUGACUCCAGGGAGGCUUUACCUAUCUCUUCCUUUAUUAAAUGGCAUCCUCCUGACCGGCAUGAUGUGAUUAAACUCAAUUUUGAUGGUUCAAUUUCGAACAACCGUGCUGCUACUACCUUUGUGCUCUGUAACAGUAAUUCACAGGUGAUUAGGGUGGGGGCUCUUAACCUUGAUGGUGCUAUUAUUUUGGUAGCAGAAGCAACAGGUUUGCGAGAAGGGCUCCAGUGUGCUAGGCGCAAGGGUUUCACCAAAGUGAAGGUGGAGGGGGACUCUAAACUCAUCAUUGAUGCUGUGCAGGGUCACUGGGGGAUUCCUUGGAGAGUCAGCUCUAUAAUCAAUGAUAUUCGUAUCCUGGCUCGGUCUUUUAGUCAUGUUGACUGGAAGCACAUUUUCAGGGAGAUAAACUUUGUUGCGGAUGCUUUAGCUCACCUUAUCCUCUCCCUCUCGAAUCCUCAUUAUUGGGAUUUCUGUUUACCUGAUGUUGCGACUCCUGCCUUUAAUUUUGAUUGUAUUGGAAAUGGUUGUACUAGAGGUUUCAUGCUUUAA